AUGGCCAUCAACCAAGAUGUUGAAAAUGGUGAGAGCAGUGUGAAAGCUGAGAUGAAAGAGCCACUAUUGCAGCAUACAAAUAUCAAAGAUGGGGAUGGCAAGUUCCACAAGGAUUGUAACAGGAAAGGAUUACUGAAAGUUGUUUUUCUAAGUACUUUUGUAGCAGUUCUGGGCUCCUAUGAAUUUGGCUCUUGUAUGGGAUAUUCAGCACCUGUUCAAUCUGCUAUCACAAAGGAUCUUGACCUAUCAGUUGCGGAGUUUUCAGUAUUUGGUUCCAUACUCAAUGUCGGUUCAAUGAUUGGUGCAAUCACAAGUGGGCGAAUUGCAGACUUCCUAGGCCGAAAAGGGGCAAUGAGAAUAUCUUCUGUCUUCAGCAUUACAGGAUGGAUAGCUAUUUACUUCUCCAAGGGAGCUUUGUCACUUGAUAUUGGAAGAUUCCUUUCUGGAUACGGAAUAGGAAUUUUCGCUUACGUCGUACCCAUAUAUGUAGCUGAAAUCGCACCAAAGGAUCUCCGUGGUGGGUUAGCGACACUGAAUCAGCUCAUGAUCGUCAUUGGAGCAUCGGUAGCCUUCUUAGCAGGGACAGUUUUGAAGUGGCGACUGUUAGCUCUAACUGGAAUCAUCCCAUGUCUAGUACAGCUUGUGGGUCUUAUUUUCAUCCCUGAGUCUCCAAGAUGGCUGGCUAAGUCUGGGUACCGGAAGGAGUUUUACAAUGCUCUGAGAAGACUCCAUGGAGAUGAUGCUGAUAUUUCUCAUGAAGCAGCUGAAAUCCAAGAUUAUCUGCAAACUCUAGAGCACCAACCUAAAGCCAGUAUGCUAGACUUGUUCCAAAGAAAAUACAAGCAAUCAGUCAUUAUUGGUGUGGGACUAAUGAUGUUUCAACAAUUCGGAGGGAUAAAUGGAGUUGGUUUUUACGCAAGUGAAACUUUCACUUCAGCAGGCUUUGCUUCAGGGAAAAUCGGAAUAAUAGCUUUUGCCUGUAUUCAGAUCCCUAUAACUGCUGGCGGUGCAUUCUUAGUGGAUAACUGCGGAAGAAAACCCCUUCUGCUAGUUUCUUCAACAGGCACAUUCUUGGGAUGCUUUCUCACAGCAAUAUCAUUUCUGAUGAAGGAGCACAACUUUCUUCAAGAAUGGAUUCCAUUGUUUGUGCUAUGUGGAAUGCUGAUCUUCAUGGGUUCAUUUUCAAUUGGAAUGGGAGCAGUUCCCUGGGUCCUAAUGUCGGAGAUAUUCCCCAUCAAUGUUAAGGGGGCAGCUGGAAGUUUGGUGAAUCUAAUACAUUGGUUUGGUGCAUGGGCAGUGUCUUACACUUUCAACUUUUUGAUGGAUUGGAGCCCUUCAGGUACCUUUCUUCUCUAUUCAGGAGUUUGUGCAGCUUCUGUCCUUUUUGUGGCCAAGGUUGUGCCAGAAACCAAGGGAAGAACUCUGGAAGAAAUACAGGCCUCCAUGAAUUCUUGAAGCAGUUGAGUUAAUUGGGUCAUGUUACGACAUUAUUUUAGGCAGUGGUUUACUAGUUUCAAUUGCAAAUCGAACUAACGAGCAGCAACAUUAUUUUCCCUUUUGUAUUUUAAGUAGACAAAUGAUUCAGUUAAAUAAGCCUGAAGGGAAAGACAAACUGGUCUCCCCCAAAUACGCUGGGUCAGGUUAAAAAUGGGCUUAAAAGUUUCUUUUGCUAACAACCCAUCCCUUCUAGCAAAC